AUGGAGGGAAAUGGCUUUGACUGUCAGGAUGUGAACGAAUGCCAGGAGAAUAGUACCCUGCCCCACAACUGCAGCGCCUUAGCUUUAUGCCUCAACACCAACGGAUCCUACCGCUGCCAGUGCAAGCAUGGAUACCAGGGUGGUGGCUUUGUGUGUGAUGAUGUGGAUGAAUGUCAGCUGGUCACAGCCUGUAGCAAGAACAUGACGUGUAGCAACAUUCCCGGAUCGUACACCUGUUCAUGUAUCUUGGGACGGGAGUACAACAAGGGCACAUGCGUGAAUGAAACAACCUGCCUGAACGCUAGUGCCAACUGCCACCCACUCGCCAAGUGCCUUCCACAUGAGGGUUCCUUCUACUGUCAGUGUGCAGAUGGUUAUGAAGGAACAGGAACUGACUGCUGGGAUGUGGAUGAAUGUGGCAAACUACAGCAUCAAAUCUGUCCUGCCUUCUCCAACUGUUUCAACACAAAUGGUUCCUUCAUCUGCACAUGUUGGAGUGGUUUUCAAGACAACGGGACGCACUGUCUGGAUAUAGAUGAAUGUGCGAUGGGUGACUUCCCUUGCCCUGACAACAGUACCUGUACUAAUCUAGAAGGGAGCUACAAAUGUACCUGUGACCCUGGUUUUACAAGGAAUGGCACUCUGUGUGUGGACAUAGACGAGUGCUCACUUGGCCUUACUCUGUGUCCUAAAUUUUCCAACUGCUUAAACACAAUUGGAUCUUCUUUUUGUAAAUGCUGGGAAGGUUAUCGAGGAAAUAGCACUGUCUGCGAGGAGAUCAAUGAAUGCCUAGAUAACAUUACCUGUCCGGAACAUAGCAGGUGUAUCAACACCAAUGGUAGUUACCUGUGUCCUUGUGACAGAGGAUUUUCCAGCGUUGAUAACUUGUGCGUGGACAUUGAUGAAUGUAGUAACAAAGAACUAGGGGAGCUUUGCACCAAUGGAACAUGUGUCAAUGCUUUUGGCUCAUAUUUCUGUGAAUGUGUCAAAGGAUUCUGGAGUAACAAUACGGGAUGUGUAGAUGUGGAUGAGUGCUCAAACUCUUCAGUGUGCCAGCCCCAUUCCACAUGCGUCAACAUCCACGGGUCUUACGACUGCCCCUGUAAUGAAGGGUUCAAACUGAAUGGUACUGAGUGCCAGGACGUGGAUGAGUGUCAGGAACCAGAAAACAGCCAGUGUCCAGAGCACUCAUUUUGUAACAACACCAUAGGGUCCUUCCUCUGUCGGUGCUCUCUGGGGUACAAAACCAUUAGCUCAGGCUGUGAGGAUAUAAAUGAAUGCAAAGACACCAACGCCUGCCGCUUUGACCAAGUUUGCAAAAACCUGCCUGGAUCGUACAGCUGCUCUUGCCCAUUGGGAUAUCAUGAAGAGAAGCUGGCAUGUGUUGACACCGAUGAAUGCAAGGAUUCACCUUGUCACCCAGUGGCACAUUGCUUGAACACACCCGGAUCCUUUUCAUGCCACUGCCCAACAGGUUUCAAUGGAAACGGCUCCUGGUGCAGAGAUGUGGAUGAAUGCGCUGCCUUGAAGGGAAAUCUGUUUCCCUAUGGAGAUGAUGUCGGGGAUAAUGAAGUAAACAUAGACACAGAAGAUGGAAAUUCUCCAUAUAUCACACCACCAAUGGGCUUCCCCUUCAUGGGGAAAUUGUACGACAGAAUUUAUUUUUCUGAUAAUGGGCUUGUCCAGUUUCAAUCUGUUGUUGAGAAUGAGCAGUAUCUCCUCCCGUCUCCUUUCGCCAGUGGUUUCCCUGACCACAUGAACUUGACUUUGUUAGCUGUGUUCUGGGAUGAUGCAGACCUCACUCAAGGGAAUGGACGGCUCCUCUAUCAGGAAUACCACACACGGAAUGGGUCAGAUGUCUACUCCCAGGUAGUGGUUAAUCGUACUGCUGAGGAAGUAACAAAAUUUGAGCACCUGAAAAACAAGCCAGCUUUUACCCCUGCCUGGAUCCUCAAAAUCACCUGGGACGAUGUGAUGCCUGUCUCCUUCCAGAAGGUCAGCUUCUCAGAGAGCAACACUUUCCAGUGUAUCCUGACCACAGACGGAGCGCGUUCCUUUGCCCUCCUGCGAUACGGGGAGAUGAAAUGGGGCCCAGGUCAGAGAAAAUACCACGAUGCUCUUAUCGGCUACACAAAUGGAAAGCUGUCUAUCAAGGAAAUCCCAGUCCCUGCUGAAAACCUCUUUGGCCCUGGGGGAAGAUACAGGCCUCAGCAAGUGAAAGGAACCAUGGGGAACUUAGGCCAGCUGGUCUAUGAUUUGACAGGACUGACGGGGUCAGACGUAGAUCCCGGCUUCAGGUGCCAGGAGUGGGCAGUGAUGGAGCCUGAUCCUGAUGAGUGGACAAAAGGGCUGCCUGCCUGUCCCUGCACACGGAACCAGGUUCUGGAGGAUCUGUUAUUUAUGCAGGAUACAUCUGUGCCUAGUCCAACUGUGGUGAAGCUGAGGGGUCAGCGGUGGGGGAGUGCACAGGGGCAGACCUUCCGCUCAGUCCUGUCCAAUAUAUAUGGCUCAGGGAAGAGGUGUGUGUAUGAACCUGAUGGUGCCCUGCUAGCUGGAUACAAUGAGCGCUACUUCUCUGGAUACAGCAUACAGAAACAUAUUGAUGACGAUCUCCUGCCCUUUCAGUGGUGUUGUAUGGAGUCUCCACUUUGCCACUUUUACCUCGACAAGAGGCCGCUGGACCGCUGUCAAGGUUACAGCUGGACUAGACCUGACGGCUUCACCCAAUCCAAGAAGGUGACACAGGGUAUAGCAAUGGUGUAUGGCAGCCUCCAUUUCAUCACCUUCGAUGGGAGAACGUACUCCUUCAAGGCCCUGGGAGAGUUUGUGAUAUUGCGUCUCUCAUCUGCCACCGGCUCUAAUAUCUUCACCCUGCAAGGACAGAUUGACAGGCUACACCCAGACGCGAACAGGAUCACUGAAGUCCCAGCGGUGGUGCGCAUGGCUGCCUUCUACCAAGGCAUUGGCAAGAUUGAAUGGAGGAGUUCAGAGAAGGACAGCAGACUGCGAGUUUUGGUGGAUGACGUUGAAGUCCCAGUCACCGUUGGUCUUGUACAUGCCAGUAAGAAUAACUUUGCAGUGCGCUGUACCGAACUGCAACGCUGCGCGGCUGUGUAUGCCAACGGCCUCCACGUGGUGGUGUGGCGAAGUGGGGGUAGCAAUCAGCUGUGCGCCUUAGUGGAGGUUCCUGAGACCUUCUUCAACCGCACCGUGGGUCUCAUGGGCCUCUGGAGCGCCAACCCCUCUGAUGAUUUCCUCAUGUCCGAUGGCAAGGCCAUUCGCUCGACGGAUGUCAGCACCCCUGCAGAGGAACAACUGCAUCUCUUUGGUUUGUCCUGUGAGUGGAUCAUUGCUGUUUUUAGAAACAGGUUGGGGCAUUUUGAGAAUUAG